UAGUAGGCCCAGCCUGCCCCGCGCGGGCCAACGAGAGCCAGCCCAGUGACUCACCUCUGCCGCGCUAACUCUUCGCAGCUCUUCCCUUCACACACGCUCACCCCCGGAUCGAGAUGGCGGCGGCGGCGGCGGCGGCAGCGGGGGACUCAGACUCCUGGGACGCGGACACGUUCUCUAUGGAGGACCCGGUGCGGAAGGUCGCGGGCGGCGGCACGGCAGGCGGGGACCGCUGGGAAGGCGAGGACGAGGACGAGGACGUGAAGGAUAACUGGGAUGAUGAUGAUGAUGAAAAUAAAGAAGAAGCAGAAGUCAAACCAGAAGUAAAAAUUUCAGAAAAGAAAAAAAUAGCAGAAAAGAUAAAAGAGAAAGAACGGCAACAGAAAAAAAGGCAAGAAGAAAUUAAAAAGAGGUUAGAAGAACCUGAAGAAUCUAAAGUGCUAACACCCGAAGAGCAAUUAGCAGAUAAACUCCGGCUAAAGAAAUUACAGGAAGAGUCAGACCUUGAAUUAGCAAAAGAAACUUUUGGUGUUAAUAAUACAGUUUAUGGAAUAGAUGCUAUGAACCCAUCUUCAAGAGAUGACUUCACAGAGUUUGGAAAGUUACUAAAAGAUAAAAUUACACAAUAUGAAAAAUCACUAUAUUAUGCCAGUUUUUUGGAAGCCUUAGUUCGAGAUGUCUGUAUUUCAUUGGAAAUUGAUGACUUGAAAAAGAUUACCAACUCAUUGACUGUGCUCUGCAGUGAAAAACAGAAGCAGGAAAAGCAAAGCAAAGCCAAAAAGAAGAAGAAAGGUGUGGUACCUGGAGGGGGAUUAAAGGCCACCAUGAAAGACGAUCUGGCAGACUAUGGUGGAUAUGAUGGAGGAUAUGUACAAGACUAUGAAGACUUCAUGUGACAUUUUAUCUUCUGGUGUCUCCUUUCUGUUGCCCACAAUCCCUUCAACAUGUAGCACAACCUCCUUUCCUUUCAGUUCUGCCAAAUGCUACAAUCAAAGUGCAGUAUCUUUGUGCUGGUUAUUUAACCCCUUGACACUCAGGUGCUAAUGUGCAAAUGAGGAACUUGGA